AUGUCUGGCUUAUACAAUAACUCUUCUUACUUCUCUCCUGCUCGAGCUGCUUCUCCUCAGAUUCGAAGCACUCCUGAGAUCGACAGCUCUCAGUACUUGACGGAGCUUCUCGCCGAACAUCAAAAGCUUACACCUUUUAUGCAAGUCUUGCCGAUAUGCAGCCGCCUGUUGAAUCAAGAGAUGUUCAGGGUAUCUGGAAUGAUGUCUAACCAAGGAUUUGGCGAUUUUGAUAGACUCCGACACAGAAGUCCAAGCCCUAUGGCCUCUUCUAAUCUUAUGUCUAAUGUCUCUAAUACCGGGCUUGGCGGCUGGAAUGGCAUCUCUCAGGAGAGACUUAGUGGAGGAACACCUGGAAUGACAAUGGAUUGGCAAGGUGCACCGGGAAGUCCCAGCUCAUACACAGUGAAAAGGAUAUUGCGUCUGGAGAUUCCAGUAGAUAGCUAUCCUAAUUUCAACUUUGUUGGACGACUUCUCGGCCCUAGAGGCAACUCGUUAAAACGCGUUGAAGCUACAACAGGCUGCCGUGUGUUCAUCAGAGGGAAAGGUUCAAUCAAGGAUCCUGAAAAGGAAGAUAAGCUAAGGGGAAGACCAGGCUAUGAACACUUGAAUGAGCAGCUUCACAUCUUAAUAGAAGCAGAUCUACCAGCCAGUAUCGUGGAGAUACGUCUGCGACAAGCUCAGGAAAUUAUUGAAGAGUUACUAAAACCUGUGGAUGAGUCGCAAGAUUUCAUAAAGAGACAGCAGCUGAGGGAACUGGCGUUGCUAAACUCAAACAACCUAAGGGAAGAGAGUCCAGGGCCAAGCGGAGGUGGAAGCGUUUCGCCGUUCAAUUCAAGUGGUAAACGCCCCAAAACAGGAUGCUAA